CCUCGCCUCUUGUGGCCAUUUGGUAAUCUGUGUUUGAGAUUUGGUUUACUUACAGGGACACAGGGAGGGAAAACAUGACCGGAGCAGAGUGGAACGUUCUGAUUUUGUCCUGUGCUUUAUUUGUUUCAGCUCAUGGUCAGACCUGCCCUCCACCACUGGAGUAUCCAUCCACCAAACUGGACACAAAAACACUGAGCAGACACAAGUUCAGCAACGGGGAGAAGGUUUACUACAGCUGUGAUGAGGACCACAGUCCAUCCAGAGGCAGCAGAUCUGUGCAGUGUAUUAAUGGGAAGUGGAGCAGACUGACUCUCAAGUGUGAAAAGAAAUCAUGUGGAAAUGCUGGAGAUCUACCAAAUGGAUACUUCAUAUAUGAGGGUCACUCAGUCAUUGGAGAGAAAGUGUACGCAGAGUGCAAUGAGGGGUACGCCCUGAAAGGACUGAACUUUCUGACAUGCAAGAAGUCUGGGUGGUCCGGUGACUUCCCGUCUUGUGAAGAGGAAAAGGUCACUUGCUCCACUCCCACAGUUGCCAACUCUGGGAUGAGUGGAGGUGCUUCUGUGUACAAAGUCGGAGACAACUUGACCUUCACCUGCAGUCAGGGUUUCCAGCUUCAUGGAGCUCAGCAGAUCACUUGCAGCCCUGAUGGCCAGUGGCAGCCAAAGCCUCCACUGUGCCUGCCUUCACCUGAGAAAAGUAGAUGUGGUGUGCCUUUAACCAACCCCAGGUCCAACUCCCACCUGGCUGACAAAUUCCUCACAAGGAUGUAUUUUGCUUCUGGAGAGAGAGUCCAUUACAUGUGUGACAUUGGAUACGGUCAAGUAGGCGGCAGCCGGUACCGCAGGUGUACCAAUGGAAACUGGUCACCGCUGCUGCUCAAGUGUGAAAGAAGGUGGUGUGGCUCUGCAGGAGAAAUCUCAAAUGGACAGUUUACAUACACUGGAGUUCAGUUUGGAGACACUGCUACAGCUGUCUGUGAUGAAGGGUAUCAGCUUGUAGGAAAGCCCACCAGGAUCUGUGUGAAUGAUGGCUGGGACGGACGGGUUCCCGUUUGUGAAGCUGUGGUGUGUGAUGAACCUCCAGAAGUGGCAAACGCAAAGAGGACUGAACCUAUAGAGUCGUCGUACAUAUACAGGAGUGUGGUUGCAUAUCAGUGUCUUGUGGGAACCAUUAUCGGGCCAAAGGAGAUCUAUUGUACUGAAGAUGGGACAUGGAGUUCCGCUCCUCCUGAGUGCAAAGAAAUAACAUGUCCGUCUCCGAAUGUGCCUAAUGCCUCUUGGGUGAGAGCUCAGACGGACCAGUAUCAGUACAAGGACACCAUAUCUAUUAUGUGUGACCCUCGCUUCAGAAUACGUGGGAAAAGCACUAUUACUUGCGGCCGUGAUGGAAAAUGGCUCCCUGAAGUUCCCUCCUGUAGACCCAAGCCAUUAUCACGGAGAACCUACUGAAGCAGAUAAACAUCACUUUAUGCAAGAUGACAACAUCCAACCAGCCUGUUCAGUA